GCUGGUGAUUGUCAUUGUGACGGCGCCCUUUAAGACAGCAGGAAGACACCUAUGACCAUGCGCCAUCGCCACCUCUUAAUACUAGUUCCCUCACUGUGAAUUCGGUAAACUGAUGUGGCCUUUACAUUCAGUAGUCGUUGAUAAGUCCUUAAUAUUCUUGCGCAAUGUUUAAUGGGAAAGCGUGCUGGAUAGAGACUAGCCUUGUCUUCAGUCUGUCUAUAUAGUCCMCCAUGAUGCUUUACUAGCUGUAACACAGGGACCCCGAAUAAUGCUUUUGACAAUCAUCUAGAAUUCAUUGCUUUGUUGAUAAAUGUGGUUUURACCACUCAUUUACAAAUUCAAUGGAAUAUUCAUUUUAUCACAACACAAUUCACUUUAUCACAACAAGUACAAUAUUACGCUAGCUAGUUCGACGUCCCGGUACGAUUUGAAUUAUUAGUCGCGUUAUCCGCGUUAUAGACUUAUAACUAUGUGCAACAUACCGUUUAAAGUUUCAUUUCCAGUGAAUCACUCCAAUCUUUUAAAUUUCUUGAACUUAGAAGUAUGUUUUGCGUGCAGAUCGAAUCAAUMUGCUGUUCGCAUGUCAUUUUCCAUGGUUACAAUUAGAAUCCCAUAUCUUGAUUCCCUUCCAAUUUAUGCUUGAAUAACAAACAAGCAAUGCACAUAUUCUGAUUUGAUCACGCAUGUGCAGAGGGCUCAUUAAUAUACCUCCACCUCCUCUUAUUGACUGUCGAUUACAGGUGAAUUAACUUCCAAGUGCAACGCUCACAUGUUAGCAAAUGUGCUAUCUCUAGAAUGUUCAGAGAUGUUGUCUUUCCACAAGCUCUGUCUUGUACAACUGGAAGUGAGAUCCCUGUUCUAACCGACUAUCCACCACCAGACUUCCUGAAACAACACUGGAAGACAUGGCUGCCUGUUUUCCCUCUUCCGAAUUUCAUCAGUACAGACGAGGGGCUUAAAGAAGAUGGCAUUCCUAUUGUCACUACUGGAGCAUUUCAAGAUAUUCCCAAGUCAAAACACAGCGUUGACCCUGAUGUSUUGCAUUGGUUGCAGCUGAAAAGUUCAAUCCCUGAAAUAGGCGUCCCUCAUCCCCGUCACAUGGAYGAAGAUAACGUGGAGUUCCCAUGUGUGGUCAAAGUUGAUCUCAGUUAUGCAGGUAUAGGAUGUUUCAUGCCAAAGAACAGGGAUGAGUUAACAGUUUUGAUUAGAGAAAUACGAGAGAAGCAUGGCUGGACUGGUAAAAUCAUCUUUCAGGAAUUGAUACAAGAUAUCAACAGAAUAACAAGCCAUCAGCUUUAUCUGAAGAGGACAUCUGAUAUAAUAUGGCUAGGAACUAACCAAUCCACUUUUGACGGCCUUAACAUCACGAYGAACUUGGACUGGAACGAGCAAGARAAAGAGAAAAGACUUGUCUAUGACGAGUUUGCCAUUCCCAUUGCACAGUUUCUUCACCGAAAUGGAUACUUUGGCAUAGUGAACUUUGAGAUCAUUGAGAAUGAUCGUGGACGGUAUCUUWUKGAUCUCAAUCCACGUCUUUCUGGAGAAAUAUCACAUCAUUUGAUAGCUCCGUACAUGGCAAGUUUGKGUCUUUUGAUUUCUGAACUACACCUUACAAWACGYUUGAUUCGUGGGAACACAUCAGCAGCGAAACUAGUUGAAACUGCAAACCAGCUAAAUCAGGUACAAGACGGGAGAGUGAUCAUCCAAUCUGCUUUGUGUGACGAAAAGCAAUACGUAUAUCAUAUAUCGAUAUUUGGAAAAACUAAAGAAGAUUGCCAAGCUCUUUGGAACAAGUUGGACACUAAUAAUUGACUUAUAAUGAAUGUAUUUCAGUCCAUUGAUUAUUUUGUGGACAGCUAAACAACUUGAGCCUUUCAUAUACAUUUUCACGGUAGAAAGUUUAAAUGUCAAGAACAUUUUUGAAGUCUUUAUGUAUGUUUUCUAUGUUGACAUGAAAAUGAACUUGGUUCUAUCCAUAAAAAUGUUUUUUGUAUAAUUCAUAAAUGCUUGGAUAAUUGUAGAGCGCUCGCACUWAAUGUGGGAAAUAUAAAUACUACAAAAUAGGUGAUAAAUCAUACAAAUUCCUUUGUUUCCUAUUGUAUAAUCWACUCUAUUUAGUAGUAAUUAGUACUAUUUGUUUCACGCUUAAGUGCGAAUACUCUAUAGGUCAGAAACCAUACACAACAGGAUGAAUUUUCGAGUUCUUUUGUYAUCGAUGUCGCUUUUGUCAAUUGACAUUUGUAACUGCAUAUUUUACAGUAUUGCUUCGCUUAGUAACUUCUUACUUAGAAUUUUCUUAAUUUUGCUUAUUCAUAUUUAUUUUAUUUUAAUAUAAACCUUUUGUAUUCUUCGAUAAUUAUAACAAAAUACGAAAUGGACUGAAGCAUGACUGUCAAGAAAGCUCAUUAGCAUAUUACCUUUCUCAAAUAACUGAGGUCUUGUGAAGUCAUUCAUGCAUUUAAAGUUAGGAGCAAUAACUUUAAAAUAAGUACUAUGU